GCGGAGUGAUCCGCGCUAGUAUCCGUUCAGUGCGUCUCUGUGCGCGUUGGUGCGAUAUUCGGUUGCUCCUGUCAUUCACUGUGCCGCGGCGCGAACACGGGUAGCGACAAGGACCAAAAAUCCAUCCUGUUGCAGCUGUUAUUUACGUGCCUGGAGGAAAAAAAAAAAAACAACCAAAACAAAAUCCAUCAGAGGCUGGUUUCUGUUCAUCCAGAAGCUCCUCACAAGAUCUUCAAGGAGAGUAUCUGUGAGACAUUACAAUGCUUCAGAUAAGGGACAUCCUCUGGGGACUGUUGUUCACCGGCUGUGCAGCUGCCAUUCAGGUGCAAAUCACUCCAUCGCAAGGGGAAAUCAGUGUUGGAGAGUCCAAGUUUUUCCUCUGCGAAGUGGUCGGGGAUGCAAAAGAAAUUGACUGGUUUUCCCCUACUGGUGAUAAGAUCCUCCCAAAUCGGCCAAACAUCUCUGUGAGUUCUACUGACGAGGCCACAUCGGUUCUCACCAUCUACCAUGCCACUGUGGACAACGCUGGUACUUACAAAUGUAUCGCAAAAAAUGGAGACAAGGAGGCCCAAGCUACAGUUCAAGUUAAAAUCUUCCAAAAGAUCACCUUCGUGAAUGCAGCGAGUCCACAGGAGUUCAACGAGGGUGACAGCGCUGAAAUCAUCUGCGAUGUGGUUAGCUCGCCGCCACCCUCAAUCAUUUGGAAACACAAGGGCGUCAUAGUCGAUUCCUCCAAAGAUGUCCGUUACAAAUUCAUGGAAAAUGGCCACCUGGUGAUACGUGGCAUCAAGAAGGCUGAUGAAGGAACGUAUUCUUGUGAAGCUCGUGUUAAUACCAGGGGAGAAAUUGACUUCCGGAUGAUAAAGGUCAUCGUUAAUGUCCUUCCUACAAUCCGCCCGAGGAAAGCUGAAGUCAACGCCACAGCGGAUGUUGGGGAUGGUGUCUUGCUGGCCUGUGAUGCAGAUGGCUUCCCUGAGCCCACUGUUACCUGGACACAUAACGAUGUCGUCCUUCAAAUGGGUGAAAAAUACAGUUUGAACGAGGAUGGUUCUGAAUUGGUAAUAAAUGACGUCCAGAAGGUGGAUGAAGGAGAUUAUACUUGCAUUGCCGUCAACAAGGCAGGAAGGAAAGCCGAGAUCGUCAGCCUGAACGUGUUUGUGCUGCCCAGAAUUACCUACUUCAACAACAACACUGCCUCUGAGUUUGAUGAGGAGGUCACCCUGACCUGUGAGGCCUCGGGUGACCCCACACCCACCAUCUCCUGGAGAUUUGGAGACGCAGUUUUCAUUGAUGGAGAGCAGAGCCUUGAUAGGAACGUUGUGGUGCGAAGCCACGCACGGGUAUCCUCCCUCACCCUGAAGAAUGUCCAGUACACGGAUGCUGGUCAUUAUCUUUGCGUUGCCAGCAACUCAAUUGGUGAAGACAACCAGGAAGUGUUCCUCGAAGUGCGCUAUACUCCAAAGAUUGAGGGUUUUGUGGCAUCUUGGACAUGGGAAGGAAACCCAGCCAAUUUAUCCUGUCUGGUGACUGCCAACCCCAGAGCCUCGGUGGUUUGGUACCGAGACGGAGUCGAGCUGCCAAGUGUAAACUCAACCAACAUACGGAUCUUCAACACCCAUAAUGCCAGCCAUCUGGAGAUUACACCUGAGUCCCAAAGUGACUUUGGAAGCUACAACUGCACAGCAACUAAUGGAAAAGGCACCGAUUCCAAGGAGUUCGUCCUAAUCCAAGCAGAUGUGCCGGGGUCGCCUAUAAUCGAAGAAGUGCAGCCGUUCUCCAGCACAGCAAAGGUGGUGUUCAAGGAACCUGUCAGCAGUGGCGGAGUGCCGGUUUUAAAGUACAGAGUGGAAUGGCGUCUGCCUGGUAGGGAGUGGAAAAGUGAGGAGUACAAAGCUGAAGCAGACAUGACCAGCGUGAUCAUCGACGGACUGAAACCAGAGACUACCUACGAGGUCAAGAUGUCCGCCAUCAACGGGAAAGGCGAGGGCGAGAGCAGCCGUACCAGCCUUUUUAAGACGGAGCCAGUCCGGGAACCAAAUGCUCCCUUACUAGAAGUCAUGCCUAUAAAGAGCAGUAACACUGUGAAAAUCAAGUGGACCAAGCAGGACGACGGUGGAUCUCCAAUUAAACACUUGCUGGUCAGAUACAAGGCUAAGCAUGUGUCUGACUGGAAACCAGAACUGAAACUUCCCCCUAGGAGCGAGUAUGUCAUUCUGAACGGCCUUGAUUGGAAUACAGAUUACGAGGUCCAUGUGGUAGCAGAGAAUCAACGGGGCCGAUCCGAGCCAUCCAUCACUUCCUUCAGAACAGCCACAGAACCCACCGCCAUCCCAGGUUCUGGAGAUGCUGCAGCCGGUGGCUCCGGACUCGGCACCGGAGCAAUUGUGGGAAUCCUCAUCGCUGUUUUCUUGUUGCUACUGGUUGCUGUGGAUGUCACCUGCUAUUUCCUCAACAAGUGUGGACUCCUCAUGUGCAUCGCUGUAAAUGUCUGUGGGAAGGCUGGCCCAGGUGCAAAGAGCAAGGAUAUCGAAGAGGGAAAGGCAGCGUUCUCGCAAGAUGAGUCUAAGGAGCCUAUUGUGGAAGUGAGAACAGAGGAAGCAAACACCCCAAACCAAGGAGGAGGGGUUCCGACUGAGCCCAAUGAGACCACCCCACUGACAGAACCAGAAGGGAAGACGGUGAAGGAUGAAAACACCAAAGCCGAGACGGAGGUGAAGAACGCCACGACUGAGGUGAAGACGGUUCCCAACGAGGCUCCUCAGGCAAACGGCAACGAAAGUAAAGCGUAAUCACCGCCUCCCGGAAGCAGGGAGAAGAAGGACGGGGAAGGGGUGUAGUUUGGAUUGGGAGAGUUUGGGGGAAUGGGCUUUACAGGUUAAAAGCUGGGCUGGUCACAGUCACUGAAACUUCAACACAAUUUCACACACCAUCCCACUGCAUUAGAAACAGCAACUAGGAAAAAAAAAUUAAAGUGUCUGCUGGAAAAUGACCAGGUACAAUAGACAUAAAAGCCUUACUUUCUUUUACACCCAUUUAAAUCAGUCAUUGUAAGGAAUAAAUAUUCAUGCAUCCAUUUCACCAAUUGUCUGUUAACAGCAGAAUAGCAUCUGUAGUAUUUUAUCUAGAUAAAGUUGGUUGAAUUGUAGCUUUACUUCACAGAUUUACUGCCUUUAAGAUGCACACAAAUGUAAGACCGACUCUGCUACUCGUCAUUAUGGGGUUAUGGAUUUGGGUCUUCUUUUUUUACAUUUUUAUUUUUGUUUCCGUAAUGUUCUGAUUGCCGCUUUAGCUGUUUUUAAUGUCUUAUUAAGCAUGUGGGGUUUUUUUUGUUUGUGAAGUUGCUGUAUUUCUGUACAUUCGUAUGUAAUCGGGUUUGCUUCGUUUUUUCCUCUUACCUGCGUUUCACUUCAUCUCAUCUUAAGUCCCAAAAACUGAAAAAUUUUCGUGCAAAGUAUUCCCCUUGAUGUUAAUACUGACUGCUUUUUGUUUUUUGUCUCCUAAAAAUUUUCUUUGCGUACAGUUUAGACAUGGACCAAUCAGAGGUUUUUACAGCCACUGAUGAUUUUAGCAAGCCAGUUUUCUCCUGAUUAACUACAGUUAUGUAUUCCAAAUAUUGCUUCAUGUUUUUCAUGCCAUCAUGUUAAAUAUAAAAGACUAACAUCUCUAAAUUCAGUACGACUUUUGUCCAAAGGAGAAUGUUGCUAGUUUACCUUACUACACAUUUGACGCUGUAACAAUUACUCUUGGAUCACCCCAUUUGCACACUUGCCAAAAGAAUUGCAAGUUCUGCAACUCUUGUGUCUUGUAAUCUAUAAGGCAUUGCAUCAAUUAACCGAUAAGGAUAUUACUUAAGCUCAUGCUAAUAUAAACAAACCCCCUAAGUUAUAUUGGGACGAUGGUUGAAACUGAAAGUAAAACUGAAUGCAUUCUGAUUAAUUCUAUGGCUUGAUGCACAGAAACCCAAAUUUAGCCCCAUAAAAUGUGCAUUUUUUUAUUAAUGCCAUCUUAGUAAAUUUGAAAGAAUAACAUCUCUGAAUUCAGUAUGAUUGAUGUUGAAUGCUCAAAGGCAGUGUAUUUUUUUUUAACUCCGUUCCUCAAGGCGCACUGCUCGGCACUGCCCGGCUUCAGCAUUACUGGAUUUCAGCUAAUGGCCAAUUAACUAGCUUUGCUGAGCUGCAGUCAUUGAAUCUGUUGUCUUUCAGCCUUUAUUCUACUGUAAUCUCUGUCAGGCUUUAAAGGUAGCUGCAAAAAAGCUUAAAAUUUGUUCUUAUAACUGUUGGGCUUACUCUAGCCUCAUUUUUGUCCCCUUUCUACUGCAGCAAAGCCCACUUUGGUCCCUCUUACCGUAGGUACACUUGGUAGUACAAAGAUAUUAGUUAAUCUAUUGAAAAAUUUAUGGAUUUUGAAUCACUAAUUUGAUUACUAGCUGUUUUUAUGUUUGCAAAUUUCAUUUUUUUUACUGGCUUCUUGGACUUACUGCAUGGUGGAUCUGGUUGCCUUGCAGUGUUGUGAGCUGUCAGUUCUUUCAGUGAUUAAAUUUACGAUUAAAAUGCA